GUCUUAUUUGGGAACUUAUGAAACAUUUCACAAAAUUUAAUUCUAAUUCACAACCAUUGCAUCAUUCAACUCAAACCAAAGUACAACCAAGCUCCGUAGAUAUUAACCAGCCUAUACAGAUCAAAACCCGUUUCUUUACGUUUCUGCAUGACGUACGACCCAUUAUUAUCUCCGAAUCUGUUAAUAUUUGUAGCGAUAAUCAACACUUCUAAACGAUAGGUGAGUCACAAUGGUGUAAUCUUGGCACAAUAACAAACUAUAAUAUGAAAUCCUGAGCACCGGUGCGUCAGUAGUAUCACGAUGUUGGUUACGGAAUCGUUAGUCAAAGAUUUACUUGGUGUGGUGGUGGCCUUGGUUGUGAUGUUGGUUGCCUACUUCAAAUGGCGGCACCAGUACUGGAACAAAAAGAAUUUACCGUAUUUACAACCCAGUGUACCUUUUGGUAACUUGACCAACCCUUUCUACAAGCGAGAGAAUUUAGGUGUUACAAUGUUCAACUUGUACAAAGAAAUGAAAGGGAUGGGGUGGAAACACGGAGGAAUAUUUUUCCUGACUAGACCUGUGUAUUUUAUUAUUGAACCCGAUUACGUUAGGAACGUGAUGAGCAGAGAUUUUCAACAUUUCGUGGACCGUGGGUUUUACUACAAUGAAGAAGAUGACCCUAUAAGUGCACAUUUGCUUGCCAUUGGUGGUCAAAAGUGGAGGAAUUUGAGGAUGAAAUUAACCCCGACUUUCACUUCUGGAAAGAUGAAGAUGAUGUUCCCUACUGUGGUGGAGUGCGAAGAUGGAUUAGAAAAACGCAUAGAGGAAGAAAGCUUGACGAAUGAACCCAUCAAUAUUAAAGAGCUUUUGGCACGAUUCACCACAGACGUGAUCGGUUCCUGUGCUUUCGGUCUCAACUGCGACACCUUUAGUGACGAAAACUCACCGUUUAGGCUAUACGGUCAAAAAUUACUAACAGUUUCUGGCGCAGAAAUGUUCAAAAGGCUUAUCGCUUUGAACUUCCCAGAUCUUGCGCGCUCGCUAGCUCUAACCUUGACCCCUAAAGACGUAGAGAAGUUCUUCACAAAAAUCGUGACUGACACUAUUAACCACAGAGAGAAAAAUGGCGUUACUAGAAAAGAUUUCAUGCAAUUGUUGAUAGAUUUAAAAAAUAACAAACUUGCAGAAGAAGACGGCUACAAGCACGAUGGCAAAACUUUAACCCUUGAAGAAAUCACUGCCCAAAGUGUUCUUUUCUUUCUAGCAGGGUUUGAAACGUCCUCCACCACAAUGGCUUUCGCUUUGUACGAACUUUCGAAACAUCAACACAUUCAAAACCAGGUUAGACACGAAAUUAACACCGUUUUGGGGAAGCACGACAACAAGAUAACGUAUGAAGCAAUCCAAGAAAUGAAGUAUAUGGACCAAGUGAUUGAUGAAACUCUCAGAAAGUAUCCACCGGUGUCUUUCCUCACACGUGAGUGUGUCAGAGAUUAUAAACUUCCAGACGAUGAUAUCGUUAUUGAGAAGGGUACGAUGGUUGUUAUUCCGACUCUUGGGUUGCACUAUGACGAGGACUAUUUUCCUGACGCGGAGAAGUUUGAUCCUGAACGGUUUAGUGAGGAGAAUAAGAAUUCCAGGCAUCGCUAUGUGCAUCUUCCGUUCGGUGAAGGUCCUAGGAUGUGUAUAGGAAUGCGUUUUGGUAUUAUGCAGUCGAAAGUAGGACUGGCGGCUUUGUUAAGAAGUCACAGAUUUACAGUCAACGCAAAGACGCAGGAGCCUUUAAGAUGGAGUGCAGAUUCGCUUGUUUUGGCUGUGAAGGGUGACAUUUGGUUGAAUGCGCAGAAAGUGUGAUUUGACCCUUUCUUUGUGUUUUACAAAAAAAACUAAGUUUUGUAUACAUUCGUCAUUGUAUAAGUAAAUAAAAUAAAUACAACAAUCAA